AUGAAGUCAGUUAAUAUGAAACAAAUUUUUAUAUUAUUCUUUAUUAUUUAUUUCACAGACAGCGAAAAAUUAACUGCUAAUAAUCAUGCAUUCCUAUUCGAUCCACCAAGUUUAACAGUAGCCGUUGGUCAUAAUGUAUCAACUACUAUUCAACUAGUAUCAGAACAAGAUGAACCAACAAAUGUAGCAUUUGUUUAUGGUAAUGAUCGAUUAUCAUCAACAGAUUAUAUUGAACCACUUAAGCCAGUGAAUUUUCCUCGACAUACCCCGCAUCAGAUUGUUUUACAGAUAACUGGUCUCCGUCCAGGACAUUUAAUUGUUGGUUGUAAUGCAACACCUUCAUUAAAUACAAAUUUAACUGAACGUGAUUUUCUUCGUAUUGAUAUUGCACGAAGUAUAAAACUUAAUCGUCUUAUUAGUACAGUUGGUUGGCUUUAUUUUUUUGCUUGGUCUUGUUCAUUUUAUCCACAAAUCGUUUUAAAUUUUCGACGACAAAGUGUUGUUGGUCUUAAUUUUGAUUUUUUGGCAUUAAAUUUAUGUGGAUUCUUUUGUUAUUCAAUUUAUAAUAUUGCACUUUAUUCAUGGCGAGAUGUUCAGGAUGGUUAUAUGAAAUCACAUCCACAUGGUAUUAUUCCCGUAUUAAUAAAUGAUGUUGUAUUCGGUUUACAUGGUUUCAUUGCAGCACUUAUAACUAUAUUUCAAUGUCUCUUUUUUGAACGUUCGACACAACGUGUUUCAUAUACAACAUCAAUAUUAUUAUUUGUAUUUAUUUUAUUUUUAUCUAUAACAACAAUUAUAACAUCAGUUGGUCGUAUGGAUUUACUUCUAUUAAUUUAUUUCUAUUCAUAUGUAAAAUUAAUAAUAUCAUGUAUAAAAUAUGUUCCACAAGUUGUAAUGAAUUAUCGUCGUAAAUCAACAGAAGGAUGGUCUAUUGGAAAUAUUGUAUUAGAUUUUAUCGGAAGUAUACUUAGUCUCAUACAAAUGUUUUUACUUGCUAUUAAUUAUAAUGAUUGGUCAUCACUAUUUGGUUCUGUAACGAAAUUGGGUCUUGGAGUUGUUUCUAUUGGGUUUGAUCUCAUAUUUAUUGUUCAACAUUAUAUUUUGUAUAAACAUAAUAAACAACAAGAAGAUGGAUACCAAAUAAUAGAUAAUAAUCAAGAAACUACACUUAAUACAUGA